AUGAAGAAGCAGUUCAUAAAAAAAUUUGAAAAUCUUCUAGAGGAAGGAACUACUAAGAUCAUCACUAAUUUUCAAGUCACUCACAACGGUGGUAAGUUCAGGACUACUUCUCAUGUUUACAAGAUCCAGUUUGCUGCCACGACGUCUGUCAGACCUUCUGAAGAUCUGGAUGCCACAAUUAUUGGGUUGAAGUUGGUGAACUUCGCUGAUAUUCACGAGGGCAAGUUGAAUCCUGAUUUUCUAAUAGAUAUUGUUGGACAAAUUGUUAGUAUUGGUGAGGUUGAGAUUCUCAACGUUAACAAAAAACAGACCAAACGUCUAACAAUGACACUUCGUGACACCAGCUUACCAAAAGAUAAUGUGACUUUGUCAUACACACACCCUAACCAAUUGACAAUUGUCAAUUCUGUUUCUGUAAGAGAUGAUUUCUUCUUACAUACCCCUCGCCGGACAAUAAGUGAAAUACUUGGUGCAUCUGAGGUGCUUCCUCUUGAUAUGGAUUUGUUGAAAGAGCAAUAUCCUGGUAGGCCAUUUCCUAAACAGUUGUGGAAAUGUGGCAAAUGUAAGGAUGAUGUUGAAAGUGUCGUACCAGCGUUUAUGCUGACUUUCCGUGUUAUGGACAACACUGGCGAAACAAAGUUCUUACUCUUUGAUAAGCUUGCCAUGGAAGUUGUAAAUCAAACAGCUGCACAAUUGACUGAAUCUGUGGAAGAGACUACCCCUGAUGUCAAGUCUGAGGAAAUGGGGUUUAUAACUCCCGAUGAACAUGUUCCUAAGAUGUUACUUGACAUUGGCGACGAUGAUAAUUCACCACAGUCAAAAAGGAAAAGCGAUGAGAUAAUUGACUUUGAUGAUCAUAAUGGAGAGCAGUCUACUUCUAAGAAAGCUGCUAAUGGCGACAUGAAGGCUUUGGCGAGUGAAGUAAAAAUUUAUCUGAAGCCUGUUAAGAAGGAGAAAGUUGAUGACUGA